AGGCUCUACUCCCGAGUCCCCAAAUCAAGUCUUUUCCGCGGAGAGAAAAGUCAGAAAAUCAAAAGAGCAAAUCCACUCUCUCUGUCUCUCUCUGGAGUCUGACCACCGAGUGAGGAGGAUCUACUACUUCUUCGCACAGCUGGGGCAACCAUGAACAUCUUCAAGAAGAGAACCUCACCCAAAGAUGCUCUGCGAGAGAGCAAGAGAGAAAUGGCUGUUGCCACAAGAGGCAUUGAACGGGAGAUUGCAUCUCUUCAGUUAGAGGAGAAGAAAUUGGUGGCAGAGAUUAAGAAAACGGCUAAAACUGGCAAUGAGGCAACGACCAGGAUCUUAGCUCGUCAACUUGUUCGGUUACGUCAACAAAUAACUAAUUUGCAAGGGAGUCGUGCCCAAGUCAGAGGUGUAGCAACUCAUACACAGGCAUUGUAUGCCAGCACUUCAAUUUCUACUGGAAUGAAGGGUGCAACUAAAGCAAUGGUCGCAAUGAAUAAGCAAAUGGCGCCAGCAAAACAAGCUAAGGUGAUUAAAGAAUUUCAGAAGCAGUCAGCACAAAUGGAUAUGACGAUAGAGAUGAUGUCAGAGUCUAUUGAUGAAACUUUAGACAAAGAUGAGGCCGAAGAGGAAACAGAGGAGCUCACUAACCAGGUGCUUGAUGAGAUUGGUGUCGAUAUUGCAUCCCAGUUAUCUUCAGCUCCCAAAGGCCGGAUUGCAUCAAGGAACACUCAAAAUGUUGUUACCAAUACUCAAAAAGUUGUUACCAGGUCCGAAUCUUCUGAUGUUCAGGAUCUUGAGAAGAGCCUUUUUUGGCCUCAGCUUUUCAAUCCUCUUUCGCAGCCUUCAAAUCCGUCAUUCCUCGCCGCGGUUUCAGCUAUGCAGAGCCAGCUUGUGUGUAGUGGGUGUAGGAGCAUUCUUCUUUAUCCUGGAGGAGCCACAAAUGUUUGCUGUGCAUUAUGCAAUGCAGUUACUGCGGUCCCUCCUCCUGGGACAGAAAUGGCUCAACUUAUAUGUGGAGGUUGCAGGACAUUGCUAAUGUAUACACGUGGGGCAACAAGCGUGAGAUGCUCCUGCUGCCACACAGUGAACCUUGCGCCAGUAUCCAGCCAGGUUGCCCAUGUCAAUUGUGGGAACUGCCGAACAACACUCAUGUAUCCAUAUGGAGCUCCAUCUGUUAAAUGUGCAGUCUGUCAUUAUGUUACUAACGUUGGUAUUGCCAAUCCGAGGGUUCCAAUUCCUGUGCAUAGACCUAAUGGGUCAGCCAACUCUGGAGCAACACCCGCCACUUCAGCUAGCCAAACUGUUGUCGUCGAGAAUCCUAUGUCUGUUGACGAAAGUGGCAAAUUGGUGAGCAAUGUUGUUGUUGGAGUCACAACAGACAAAAAGUAAUCCAAUGAAAUACAUGAAGUAUUGCUGUUAUUUUACUUGUAAGAAAAAAUCCGAAUCCAUAUUACGAAGUACCAUGGAAGAUGGAAGUGGAAAUUGUUUGUGUAUAUGUUGGGGAUUGCCAUGAUUGACAUUAAUCAAAUAUAAGGAUUUUGAGACGUUUUACGCGACAUAUAUUAAGAGGAUACAAAGAGUGGAAAGGGCACUGUACAAGUAGUCAUUUAUGUGAUUUUCAUAAUAUACAUUCUUUGCUGCAUUUAGCUGAGUGAUAUGCUCAUAAGCUAUGUAUCUUCUUUAAAUGCAAAAUAAUGGAUAAACUACUAUUUUUUGUGACUUUGUUAAAUUUGCUUUAAUCUUAUAAUCUAUAACAGUAUCUUGAAUGGAUGA